CUUUGUUACUUUAAUUGUACCAGAAAAAUGUUAAAGGAAAAAACAUUUCUUUUGAUCAGAUCUACUCACUGUUAAAAUAAAUUACUCAACUUCGAAGUCACCCUGUAUAUCUGUGCAUCUCUACACCGAAUGAACAUAUGGCAACAAUGCGUGCGGUGUGAGAUUUUUUGACAGUAUAUAACCUAUGUUUUGGAUUUUGACAGUUUCCGGGAAAUUGGUAUUAACAUUUUGGCAGGAGUAUUUUGGAAAUUGAAAAAGAAAACAUAAUUCGGCAGGGAUCUGUUUACAGUCCAUCUAUCAGCUUUUUCCUGUUGCUCAGUGGUUAACUCCAACAAGAAAAAAUAUCGUUUCUAGAGCAGUGGAGUUUCGUAGUUUUCCAAAAUGGGGAAAAUAUCGAAAGUUGUGGUAUGCGGCAUGAAGGGUGUUGGGAAAACGACAAUUUUGGAACAAGUUAUUUAUGGAAAUAUCACUGAGAAAACGGAGCUUCACCCAACAAUUGAAGAUAUUUAUGUAGCCAACAUUGAGUCAGAUAAAGGGACAAAAGAGAAAGUUAGAUUUUAUGAUACUGCUGGUAUAGAUUAUUCCCAGAUUUCUACAUCUAAUGGUACCACAAACCAACAGUUACCAAGACACUACCUUGUAUUAGCAGAUGGUUAUCUGUUAGUGUAUGAUACAGCUAAUAGAAACUCUUUGGAUGUGCUGAUUUCUUUAAAGAAAGACAUAGAUAAGAACAAAGAUAAAAAGGAGAUAACAAUAGUUGUGAUUGGAAACAAAGUGAGUGAAAGUGAAACAGACUCUAAUCCAGACUCAGUGAUAAAUACUGCUAUCCCAUGGUGCAACAGAGAGAAGAUAAAACACUUCACUGUAUCUACAUUGAAAAGAAAUACACUGUAUGAACCAUUUGUUUACAUUACCAGCAAACUGAUACCUCCUACCAACAAAAGUAGCUUUACUCCACUCUCUAUGGGCCGAAAGGUUAUCAAAGAUUCUAGCUAAUUCUUUUAUUUUGUGUUGUUAUGUAUCCAUUACUAUUGGAACAAUUUAGGAGGUUUCAGUUAACAGAGAAAAUCUGUCUUAUUGAAAUGAAGGGUUCUUAUUGAUCUGAGUAACCAAUGAGUAAAGUAGACCAACUAGAACUGCCAAUACAGGAGUCAUCCGUUGUAGUCACUGGCAUUUCCUAUACAUGCACUGUAUACUGCAAUUACGGGUAUAUUCAAGUGUUCAAUUUGAAACCUUUAUUUUAUAGAGAUUAUGUUACAUAAUAUGAUGUUUUUCAUGCAAUUAUAUCAAUGAUGCGGUUUCACUAUCUUUGUGGUGGAAAUUAGGAGCUUCAUCCUGGGAGGCAUUUCUAUGGGCUGUGUUAAAAACAUAAUUGAGUAAAUUUCACAGGCCCACAAAAUAAAAAAGUAUAUACUUGGGUUUUGACUAUGUUUUCUCCAUCUAUUUUUUCAGUAUGAAGUCGGAACUUAGAGGUCGCUGGUCCAAUAAGGAAGUAAUUUAGACAUUAAUAUCAGAUAUUUUGUCAUGUUUGGUGGAUGUGCAUCUCUUUAGAGAUCUCUUCAGAUUUAUAUUUAGCGUGAAAAAGUACAUGGAAAAAACGCAAUCGUACUGUAGUUUUUGAAAAUCGGUCAAGUGGCGGCGGAAAAAAAUCGCGCUCAAACUUCGUUUUUUGACAUUUCAGACGACCCGGUUCAUUUUCGGAAAACAUUUUCUAGCUGUUAAAAAUUUGGGUUAGGGGUUGCAGGGUAGAGUGCGACAUUUUUUGACGUUGGUGGUUGAACUAACCGCAGUAAUUCUACGCACAUAUUUGGCAUAUUUCACACAUUAAAACUCAGAAAUACGUGCGACGUCACCCCCAAUGGACAAGCGACGUCGUCGACAGUCGCUUCAACACUAAUGUGGCCUGCGUGCACUGUGUGCGUGAUGAAGUCCAAUAUUGUCAUUCAUGUGGGAUAGAUCAUCGCAACGAUCAUGUGUACCUACAGCAAUUCCUUUCAGGGGGAGGAGGAAGGUCAUUUCAUUUUUGUUAUACAUGUUCGUGGCUAACUUUCUUCUCACAAUGGCUAACUUGUGCCAAACAUAAUCUCAGAUGAUAGCGGGGCGUGUGAAGUACAGAGUCAACUUAUUUGAGGCCUUUUUUAUUCCAUGGGCCUGUGUUUUUAUUUCUUUUUUAUUACUAACCAGUUUUUUUGUAUCAGUUAUUUCUUAUUUGUAUAAUUUAAUCCACAUAGACCAAUGAACUAUCAACACUGAUGGAACAGGCGGAACGCGAAUUCAUUGCGGCUAGAAUGAGAAACGAGAAGGAUAGCGCUAGUCAGGGCAAAACAUUGGCAAAACAUCGUGGUCCAUUCUGGCAUUUCCAUAUAUGUUCUAAGGAUUUUUGGUGAAUGUUUGUUUUUAGUGACGUUAAAGAUUAAUAGUGAUAGUUUGCGACAAUUAUUAUAAACAUUUUUAUGCCGGACAGCCUUCAAGAGCUGUUGUUUUAUGUGAUAUUUGUUUAAAAAUGGUUGAAUCUUGCGGUGCGGUGAAUUGUUGCAAUAGACGCAGAAAAGAUGUGAAAAUGAAGUUUCACAGGUUGGUUUUAAUCAUCUCUUUGUGUGAGAAUUACCUGUUAAUUGGUAAUUCUAGGAAAUAUCUGGAUUUUUAGGAUAUCUAGAGAUCCUAACAUGAGGAAGUUGUGGUUACAUGCUAUAAGAAGAGAAAACUUUACUCCCAGAACAACAACGGUAAUUUGUGAAAAGCAUUUCACUCCAGAGGAUUAUGAAGUUAGUGUUCAUGGAAAUAAGGUACUAAAAAAGGUGGCAGUUCCAUCUGUGUUUGAUUUUUCAGCCUAUCUCAAGAAAGAACCUAGCCAUCAAAGGGUUUUGAAAAGAAAACAUGAAGAAUCCAACUCAAAAGCAACAGGUAUGUUCUUUAAAAUAUUCCCAGUCUAGGCUUAAGGUUUUAACUUUUCUACUUUUAAAAAAGAUAUUUACAAUGAUGAAGUGGGUCUUAGUAACGUAAUUAUUUUUAGAACAAACUUUGGCUAUUGGUGAAGUAGUAGAAGAACCUGAAAAUGGUGAUCAUGCUGAUGAUGGAAAUAUAUUGGCAGCUGGUCCGUCAAACAUAACACAAAAGCUAGGAUUUUUAGAAUCAAGUGAACCUUCAAACAUAUGCAAUUUUAGGUAAUUGUCAUUGAACUUUGUGUUUCUCAUUUGUUACAACCUCUUUUUGUUUGUAGGGUCAGAAGAUCAUCAGUAUACUUUGGGGAUUUCAAAAUUUCUGAUUUAAAUAAUGUGCAGCGUCAGUAGAGAUUUUGGAAAACUGCUCAUGAAACUGUUCAUAAGUACAAAAAAAUUAACAAGUACAAUCAGUGUAAAAUUCGUAGACAAAGAAAUAAAAUAAAAUGUCCGAAUAGUCUGGUAGAUGCACUACUUAAGGAGAAGAGAAUAUCUGCAGCUCAGUCAAUAGUAUUACCUGAAUUAUUAAUUACUUAUGUUAAAUACUAAUUAUUAUAUCUUCAAAUGUGUAAAGGAGAAUUUAUUGUCAAGUUUCAUACAUCUGUAUAUAUAAAUAAAUAAACUUGGUUUUUUAAUUAUAAUUACGUUUCCAGGAAUUUAUCUUGUUCCAGUUGCCUGAAUAACUUUUAAAUCUUCUCUAAGAAUCCUCGGUUUCCUACGCAAUUCAUUCAAGUCCGCGCGCCUUUUGUCCUGACUAGCUCCAUCUCUCUCUCGAGCCUCUUUGUCGUAUGUUGGCCGCAUUUUCGUUUCAUUGUACAAAUGGGACGGGGCGAUUCCAUCAGUGUUGACAGUUCAUUGACACAUGUUUUGAAAAUAUAUCUACCUUUAAGUACCUAGAAUAUCACAUCCCUGUAAUUCAAGCUAUACAAUAAAAUCUAGUAUCUGCU